AUGUUUUCAAGAUACGAGACGAUCCUCUACCCAGCUGUGAUCUUGGGAUCAAUUGCUGCUGGGGGAAUAUUUACUGGAGCCAACCCGGGGUACACCUACUCUGAACUUGUCAAUCAGCUCACUGUCUCGGGCGCAAAAUGCAUUGUUACCGAUAGCCCUCGACUUGAGAUAGCGAAGAAGGCCGCAACGGCUGUAGGCUUACCAUCCACUUCCUUGGUUCUUAUCGACUCGAAGGACAGCAGCACGGUUGGUGGCGUCUCGUCUUUCCAAAGUCUGUUAGGUUAUGCAACGUACUCUUGGGAGAAGAUAUCAGACCCCAAAGUCCUUGCUGAUAAGCCAGCUGUUUUGAACUUUAGCAGUGGCACAACCGGGCUUCCGAAAGCUUGUGAGAUUACGCAUCGCAACUUGGUUGCCAACGCCGAACAGAAUCUGCACCUUGACCGAAUGGCGAGGAAGCGAAAGAAUGAUCCGACUUAUGCAGCCAACGACGUACAUUGUGCUUUUCUCCCAUUCUACCAUGCCAUGAAAUCAGUGGGUCUUAUCACUUUCUGCAUCUUGAAUGUCAAACGAGGGUGUACUACUGUUGUCAUGCCUAAAUUCGACUUGAAGUCGUUUCUCAGCACGAUCCAAGACUUCAAAGUAACAUACCUAAUCUUUGCGCCCCCAGUGGUAUCAAUGCUCGUCAAAAGUCCCCUCGUUUCCAAAUAUGAUCUAUCGAGUGUCAAGUUUCUGGUUUGUGGAGCAGCACCACUCCAGGCCGAUGUGGAAAAGCGGCUCGAGUCACUUUUCAGCAAGACCGGCGCUCGAAGCCGACAAGGCUGGGGUAUGAGUGAAGCUACAAUGUCCAUUUCGAUCUUUGGGCCUGAUGAGUUUGAUCCAUCUCAUGGAAGUGUUGGGUAUCUGGUGCCUAAUAUGCAGCUCCAGAUUCUCAACGAGGAUGGCAGAGCUGUUAGUUAUGAUGAGGAAGGAGAGGCUAUUCUUCGAGGGCCGAAUAUGUUCAAGGGCUACUAUAAGAAUCCUGCUGCGACCAAGGAUGCUUUUACUGAUGAUGGCUGGGUUAAGACUGGGGACAUUGUCAAGAUCGAUAAGACCGGACUGGUUAGCAUCGUUGAUCGCAAGAAGGAACUCAUCAAGGUCAAGGGAUUUCAGGUUGCACCAUCUGAACUAGAAGGCCAUCUUUUGGAGCACGAGGGGGUACUAGACUGCGCAGUUAUUCGGGUCCUACGAGACGGACAAGAACAUCCCCAGGCGCAUAUCGUCCGAAAGAAGCCAGAUGUGACAGGUCAGUCCAUCCUUUCAUUCAUGGAUAAGCGUCUGUCUCCCGUCAAGCGAAUUACAGGCGGUGUCGUAUUCACCGAUGCCAUUCCAAAGUCCCGGUCGGGCAAGAUUCUGCGACGAUUAAUCAAGGAUGGUUUUACUAGCAAUGACCCUAGUCCUCGUCUGUGA